GGGAACUAAUUGGCCGCAGCAGCGACGAGGCGCAUUAAAGACGCUGCGGAGCUGUGGGAGCUGCGGGACCUGCGGCCACAAGCGACCAACAGCAACUUUGAAUCAAAAAAAGAGGAAAAGUGAAACUUGGCCUAAAUAGUACAGGCCUGGAUCUGAACUUUUUCUUCCACUCAUCCUGCCAGUUUUGAGCCUUGUUGGAACCUUCUCUAGCAAGAGCAAGUCAAACUUAAAGUUACCUCGUAUUGGAGCCUUGAUUUGAACACUAGCUUAUAUAUAUCUGGAGGUGCCGUUUACAACAAAGGUUUACUGGAUUCUUCUGCGUGACAGAAUGGCGAAGAAAAACAGCCAAAAGGAUACGUCUGGUGUGGUGUUUGACACUCGCUCAAAAAUGGUCAUGUCUCAAGGAGGAACUGCUGAAAGGAUGAAAGAGAAGAUCAGCGCCGUCAGGGCAGUCGUCCCUAACAAAAGCAACAACGAGAUAGUGUUGGUCUUGCAGCAUUUUGAGAACUGCGUUGACAAGGCUGUGCAGGCUUUUUUGGAAGGAAGUGCUGUUGAGAUCCUGAAAGAGUGGAAUGUCACUGGCAAAAAGAAGCCAAAGAAGAAAAAGAAGCCCAAGCCUCAGCCGGAGGCGACGGCAGAGCCGGCUCCGCCUGAGGCCCCGCUGUGCGAGGAGGGGAAGGACGAGGUGAACGGCUUUCACGCCAACGGCUCGGUCGUGGACGGAGACUCGCUGGACUCGCUGAGUGAACAGUUGGACUCCGCCUCCCUGGACGCAGCUGAGCUGGACUCAGAACCUGCCACAUCCGAGCCCGCCGUUGCUGAAGCUGAAAGUCAAAGCAGCGCUCCGAGUCCCGCCUGUCAGCAGGGAGGCAGGAAUCACCAGGGUCCUCGAGGAAACAAGCCCCGACAGAGACCCGGCUCAAACUCGCAUCCCCCCACCUCCUCAUUAGCCCCCACCACAGCGGAGCAAGGAUCCGCAGGAGUUAAGAAAAUGGCUCCCAACAUCGACCGGUCUGUGAAGGACCUGCAGAGAUGCACGGCCUCCCUGACGCGCUACAGGAUGGUGGUCAAGGAGGAGAUGGACUCUUCCAUCAAGAAGAUGAAGCAGACGUUUGCUGAGCUGCAAAGCUGUUUAAUGGACAGGGAGGUGACACUUCUGGGAGAGAUGGACAAAGUGAAAGCUGAGUCCAUGCUGAUUUUAGACGCUCGGCAGAAGAAGGCAGAGGAGCUGAGGCGGCUGACGGACCGGUCCGGCUCCAUGUCCGAGGAGCAGCUGGCCGAGCUACGUGCAGACAUCAAGCAUUUUGUCAGUGAGCGUAAAUACGACGAAGACCUCGGGAAGGCUGUCAAAUUUACAUUUGAUAUUGAUCCGCUGAAGACGAGCAUCUCUGGGUUUGGAUCAGUGUACCACCCCCACACGGGCUACUCUAACCGGUCCCGCUGCAGCUCCACAUCCUCGUCUGCUGCCAGCCCCAACCUGCUGGAGACUCCUCCGCCCCCCCAGACCCAAAGACCCCCCUCUGAAUCCCGCCCACCCCCCGCCAAACAGAUUUUCCAGGGAAACAGGCGCACCUUCCAGGGACAGGGUUACCACCCCGGCGGUCAGCGGCACAACGGCUCCUACAACGAGAGGAACUCUGGGCGCGGAAACCACCGGUACCAGGGUGACGGGGGCUCCUCCGGCCCGGCGUCGCAGCACCCCAACAGCUCCAGAGGCCCCUCCCACUCCUCCAGCACGUCCCACCACCCAGACCGGCCCGCCGUCAACGGCCUGCCCCAGAGGCUUCCACGAACACACUGCCCCUGACGCUGGAAACUCCCGCUCAGUCCACCCCAUCCACUAACCCCCUUCUCUCCCCCCCCAAUCCUCCAACUCCAUCAUUGAAGCAUAGAAAACAAGUUUACAUGUUUCAGUCAGUUGAGCUGUAGUGCCGCGCCUCUACAUGAGUCCAUUCAUCCUUCAAACUUGAAAAGCUCUCACUGUUCUGUAAUCACUCUUCCUCUUCCCGUUCUCUCCUCCCGAUCAUGGUAAUAGUUUCUCCUUACCCCCCCCCCCCUCUCCCCUCCACUGAUCUGCUAACGUCAGUCUCUUGUUGUAAAUUUAGCCCUUUCUGCAAGACGCUGACACGAUUACCUUCAACAAUCUGUGCACUAUCAAAGUCACCCUUGGUACUGUUCUGCUGUGGCGCUGUCGGCUAUCUGAUAUGAUAUGAAGGUCAGAUGUUUUGUUUUUUUUUUCCUCGUCUCCAAGAACCAUUUCAGUAGUUUCCCAGUGGAAAACACGUCUUAGUGCUGACAGGGAUUUCUGUCUGCGAUAAUCAUGCAAUCAACACUACAGAACAGAUUGUUAAUCUUUGCCGGAUGAAAGUGAGACAUAUCAAACUGUAAUUCACAGCUUUCUCUUUUCUUUUUUGUCCUAUUCCCCCCCCCAAAUGGCUGCUACAAACUUUAGGAAACAUAUUGAAGUUGGAACUUAGACACGCUGAGCCACAGAAGUUGCCUCUUGAAGGAGUAAUUUAUCAUUUGUAAAUACCCUUAAUCUUGCUCUCCUUUCUUUCGAGGAGUUACACGAUUUACAUUUACACACAACUCUCGUCUGUACACCAAAUAUGAAGCUGGAUCCAGCAGCUAGCCGACUAGCUUAGCUCGGCACCGUGAGGGGGAACUGGCCCAGACGGCUUUUAUUCAGCCCUCCCAAAUGUUAACGGGCUGCCUUUUUAGAGCUUACUAACGCUCGGUGGAGUUUAAGCAUGAUAUCGAUCAAGAACAGGCUGUUAACUGCAUUUCCAGUCCAUCCGCUUCUACCUGUAGCUUCAUAUUUAUAGAAAACAAGUGUGCUUUCUCCAGGCUGCAUAGAAGCAGGUUAAGAUCCAAAAAGAUCUCACCUUCCUGAGUAGUCUUGUCUCCAGCUCCGACUGAUGAGGGGAGAACCGUGCGCUGUCGUCCAUCGCUUACUUUAGCUUACUGUCCUUUUUUUUUUCUUUUUAAUCUAACAGAGGGCUCAUCUACUUUUCUAAAAUAAUGUAGAAACUCAAAAGAAAGAAGCUCCGAUCAUGUGCACGCUUCAUGAUUCUGAACAUUUAUUCCGAUGGAUGUUCUUCCACAUGUGCAGUUUGUUCCUCGUUAUAUGCACACAGAUGGCAGAAUAAUGUCGUGCUUGCCUUUAGUCACAGACUUCACAUUUGCCUUUCUAUAAACAUGGAUGUCUGCAUUGAUGACUGCUUUGUAAGUGGAUGGUACUGCAGAGCAGAUGUGGGAUUUAUAACUGUGAGAAUACAGUGCAACCCCCCCCUCCCCCCCGCCCCCCCUCUUGUGUCAAUGAGUGGAAGUAAAUUUGAUCCAAUUGAUGAAUGCAUCAAAGAGCCGUUGCUCUCACAGAUCUGUAACCUGUUGCUGCCAAGUGGCGGCUUCAAAGCUCAGUUCUGGGUUCAGUUUGAGAACAAAGUGCUGGUGAAUACCUCAGAGCUGAUCCUAAGACACCACCCAUUUCCAUCUGUUUUUCUCGCGCUGGGCUGUUAAGGGACCGGGGACCCCUGGUGAUUUCUCAUCUUACUCUCCUCUUGGAGUCCUGUACAUAGACCGAGUUGUAAAGCUGUAGUGGGAAACCAGUUGUUUCAUUAUUGCUGCAUUAUGCGUCUUCAUGAUGUGUUGUCUUCCUUCUAGCUGACUAUUUGGAGAACAAAAAAAUCACAUUUUGAAGUGUUCUCCUUCCCCAGUUUUCACUUUUUUCCUUUUUUUGUUUUCUUCCCCUCUUGUUUGUCAUAAGAUUGACUCGAGUAGUUGGUUAAUAUUGUGGAGAAAAUAGUGCAGACUUGUUAACAGCCUCUGCUAAAUAAUUGCUGAUUAGGUUUGACUGUGAAAGGAUGGUUUAAGAGUUUUGGGGAAUAUGCUUGUUAGCUUUCUUAAAUGUCAAAGCGAGCAAGACUUCUGUGAGCAGCCAGUUUGGUUGUUUUAACAUGGAUGGAAGGCAGAACCCUCUAAAAUAAUCCUCCUGCCAGCACCGCUAGGUGCUCUUAAUUCACCUCUACAGAGAGCUCUGCCACACGGUGGCUGCAAGUGUCUUUCUGGCAGAGAGUAGUCCACACAUACACUCGUUAACCUUCUGGUUUUUGCAUGAAACGCAGCUUCCAGCAGGACGACAAGGCCCAGAGCUGCUGGCAGGUGGACUUUGACAGGCAGAGCUGCACUCACUCGGGGCCCAGACCCAACCAGGAUAUCAGUCAUCCCAUCAGCACACGGGGGCUUGAUAAGGCAGUGACGGCGUGUGUUUCACAAGAGGUUUCCUCCAAGUGUCCACAGGUGGCUGGUUAUGUAACACACUGGUCUGUAGACAGAAGUGAUUCGAUACAGCUUUCAGUCCCGGUCCUCCUGUGGGCUGCAGGAAAAGAUUGAAACUCUGCUGUCAUUCCAACACAUUACUGCUAGAGCUGAUUUAGUUGGUAAUUUAACCUGCGGCGUCGGUCUCUCUUUACAACUCUCUCCUACUUUCAUUAAACACAUUCCAAACGUUUGGGAUAUUCGGUUAAGGCCAAAGACAUGAUCUCAUCCAGUUUGAAGUGAAUGCCUUUUGUUUCCGACUUCAGCCUGUACAAAAUUUUCCGAAGAGGAUGAAUCCAGCGUUCCUCCUCGUCUCCACCCUACUUUAAUUCCUGUUUCUUACUGUACAUACUUAUGUAGCUAUAUAAUUUAGUGCUCACAUGGGGCAUUUUGUAUGUGAUAUUCAUAUAACGCAUAACUAAAGUUAAAGCAUCUAGUUAGUUCAUUCAUCCAGUCGGACUUUUUUUUUUUUUUUUUUUUUUUUUUCUUCUCAAAACCUUUCUGAGACAACUGUAAACUCAAGUGCCUUUUCUGGUCUCCCACUGACUCCCCAACGCCCCCCCCACCAGAGUAUGGACCAAAGACAUCCACUGUCCCUGAUUGCCCAGUCCUCUCUUUCUCCCUUUCACUGAAUGGCACACUUUUCAUUUACUACAAAUAAACAGUUUGCAAUACCAA